CCACGUUGCAAUCCUCAAAUCCCCAAACAUACAUACCAAUAAAAUAAUACAUCAAAAAAAGAAGUUGUUAUGAUCGUACAGCAGUCAUGGCUACCGUGAACAAUCAUGUCGUCUUCUUCUCCGGCCACAAAGUCUCUCCACCCACAAACCCCAUCUCAUAUUCAACGACCUUCUCGAUCUCUCCUCCGACUAAAUUGUUUUCUCAAUCGAGAAAGAAUCAUAAAGUAUACCCAGUGAUGAAAUCAAUUGCGGAGGAUAAAGAGGUGGUGGCAGAUGAACAAAAUGGAAGUGAAAGGGAGAGUGGAGUUGUGGGAGAAGGGUCUGAAGGAAUUGACAAGUUUGCGAGUAAAGCGAUUAAUGCUUCGAUUGUUCUUGGGUUUGGUACUCUUGCUGUCACCAGGUUGCUCACCAUUGAUCAUGAGUACUGGCAUGGAUGGACCCUUUAUGAAAUACUUAGAUAUGCUCCCGAGCACAAUUGGAUUGCUUAUGAAGAAGCUCUUAAAGAAAAUCCCGUUUUGGCUAAGAUGGUGAUUAGUGGGAUCGUUUAUUCUUUGGGCGAUUGGAUUGCACAAUGUUACGAAGGGAAGCCGCUAUUUGAGUUUGAUAGGAUCCGCUUGUUUCGGUCGGGCCUUGUUGGGUUCACUCUCCAUGGAUCUCUUUCUCAUUACUAUUACCAGUUAUGUGAGGCCCUUAUUCCGUUUAAAGAUUGGUGGGUCGUUCCUGCAAAGAUCGCAUUUGACCAAACCGUGUGGUCAGCAGUGUGGAACAGCAUCUAUUUUGUUGUCUUGGGGUUGCUGCGUUUCGAGUCCCCUGCAAAUAUAUUCAAUGAACUGAAAACAACAUUCUUGCCAUUGUUGACGGCUGGAUGGAAACUAUGGCCAUUUGCACACUUAGUAACCUACGGUUUGAUUCCGGUGGAGCAAAGACUUCUUUGGGUGGACUGUGUGGAGCUCGUAUGGGUAACUAUACUCUCUACGUACUCGAAUGAGAAAUCAGAAACAAGGAUUUCAGAUACAAGUUCAGAAGUAGACCCAAACAGCCCAUCAAAGAAACACUAAACUAUAUACAUUAUGAUUUGAUUUGUAAUAUGAGUUGUAUGUUGUAUUAUGUGUAGAAUUCAAAAUGAAAAUCAAAGAUUCAGUCAUUUGUUGUACUA